AUGAGGAUUCUGGUUGUCUUCGUCCUGGCGUUCUGUACCUGCGCGUUGUCUAUCCCUGUCCGACCAAUCUCUCCCGAGGAGGCUCUAGACGAUGGGUAUGGGCGCCCUUUCUCGGCAAGAGACAUAGGCGGCAUCUUUGGCGAACCCGGAAUGGAGUACCCUCCCCCUGCGGAACCCAUCAUGAAGGACCCGUUCACUACCCUCAGGCCAACUGGCACGCUGGCAAGCCUCUUGACGUCCCUGCCGAGCACAAGCGCCAAGAUGUCCUCGAAGACUAAGGAUGCGACGCACUCGUCCAGCGCCGACCCCGCCAAUCCGACGUCUCACUCCGUCAUCGGGACGCCAAGGGACCCUCCGCUCACCAGCCUCGCCACGGAUCCGGCGACAAGAGCAGUACAGACGACCACCGCCGCAGCCGCGAGUACAAGCACCUCUUCCUCCCCGCCAGGGCUAGCGGGCGUGUCGACGCAAUGGAAGGUCAUGGGCAUCGCGGUCAUCGCUAUCAGCGGGCUCGCGGUCAUGAUCAUCACCGUCGUGUUCUACGACCAGUGGUCGCGCUUCGCGCUGGACCUGCUCUGCUGCGGGAAGCGCAGGAAGGACGACGGCGGGUUCGAGGAGUUCGUGCCGGACUGGGAGAAACGCAGCUGGGAGGUGCAGCUGAAGCAGGAGGACGCGGGCGCGGAGCGGUAUCCCUCGAUAGAGGACCUGGCGCAUCCGCCGCCGGCGGUGACUCGGAAGGUUUCUGGGUCGGUGAUUCCGGAUCCUUUGCCUGCGGGUGGGGUCCCAGCUUAUGCGAACCCGUUCGAAAGCCAUCUGGACGCGCAUCAAGAGCAGUACUACCCGGAGACGCAUGUGGCCUACGAGAACGCCCCUAACAUGGUCAAGACGGAACCAUCAUACCCACACCAAGACGUGACCAUAUCGGACAGGGUCCAGCACAAUCAUACUCACAUAACUACCCCCGAUCCUUACGACGGCAUAGCCUAA